AACAUAUUUUCCUGCGAAUAAUGUUAAUUCAUAUUGUUCCUAGGAAUAAGUAAACAUGGCAUAUACGGAAAUUAUGGAUUUAUGGUACAUUGGAAACUCAGUUAAUAGGUUACAAUGAUGUUAGCUGUGAUUAAUAUCAGAUUCUUAGCGUAGACUCGUCAGGUAAUAGCUGUGUUCGUAUUGCCUGUGGCUGUGGUUAUAAGUAAGUUGGUAGCAUAAACACGUCAGAUGUCUAUAAAAAUGGUAGUCAUGUGGUUGUAGUCCUAAAAAAGCACGUGUUCGACUAUGCAUUUGACAUAACCUCUUAUUACAAUUGACAGUUUUGUUCAAAUUUAUUUCGCAAGGUUUUAGAAAUGAAGACAUUGGAAAACGAACGCGCUUUCACUAUUGUAUACGUACAUAAUUUUCCGAACAUUGAAUCUUUCUACAUUUUUGUCCUAGAACGUGCAGUAUAGUAAGGUGGUUAAAAACUGACUUAGCUUCUCAAUGGCCUUUAAUUGGUGCAUUUUCUCAUUAUAUACCUGGGCAGUUUCAGUAUUCGGGGUGUUUGUUUAUUUCUGUCAUCUUAAUAGUUACUUAACUCAUCUCGUAUGUACAGAGCACGAUACGUUGAAGAAUGUGUAUGACUACGUAAUAGUUGGAGCAGGCUCUGCAGGAGUCAUUAUGGCAGGUCGCCUCAGUGAAUCACAAAAAGAUUCUGUUCUUCUCUUGGAGGCUGGAAUUGAAUCCAUGUCACCUCUGUUCAAUAUCCCUAUAGUUACACCAUUGUUGCAACGUACUGACUUAGACUGGCAGUAUCACUCAGAACCACAGACGAAUGCUUGCUUUGGGCUUGAGAAUAAUGUUAGUCACUGGCCAAUGGGAAAAGUUGUGGGAGGUACGAGUAAGUUGAACACCAUUGUAUACCUCCGUGGCCACGCUCGCGACUACAAUUCGUGGGCAGAACGUGGAAAUGUUGGCUGGGCUUUUGAGAAUGUUCUCCCAUAUUUCAAGAAGUCUGAAAACCAUCUAGGAAGAUUCAAGAACAAUGUUGUGUACCACAGUCAGAGUGGACCUAUCUUUGUAAAUGGUUUGAGUUGGACCACACCUUUGGUGAAUGCCUUUCUUGCUGCUGGUCGGAUUCUUGGGUACUCAGUUACAGAUCUCAAUGGACAUCAACAAACAGGGUUCAUGGAAGCACAGGUGAACUCACUGCAUGGUUCCCGUUGGAGCCCAGAAGAUUCAUUUAUAAAACACUAUCCCAGUCCUACACUAACAGUAGCAAGCAACUCGGUAGUUGAGAAGGUAUUAAUUAAAGAUGGUUACGAGGCAUAUGGGGUACAAUACAGAAAGUUUGGCAAAAAGUACAAGGUUCGAGCUAAGAAGGCUGUUAUAAUGAGUGCAGGAGUUGUGGGCACUCCAAAGAUUCUCAUGCUGUCGGGGAUUGGACCGGAGAAACAUCUUAGAUCGCAUGGAAUUCCAGUGAUCCUCAACUUGCCUGUGGGGAAGCACCUCCAGGAUCAUGUGACCACUGGACUUGAUCUCGUCUUGCUAAACCGAUCACUGCCCCUGUCUCUCGGUGCUGUGGCAUCUCCUGUCUCUUUCUUUAAAUAUUUCCUAUUUGGGCAAGGACCCUGGACCUUUCCAGGUUGUGAGGCUUUAGCAGUGGUGCAUACCAAUUUGUCGGACGGUGAGACAGAACCGCCCGAUCUCCAACUGAUGGUCUUACCUACUGGAAUUUCCAGUGAUGGUGGCGUCCACCUGCGAAAAGCAUUGGGCAUAUCGGACAAGCUGUGGAAUGAGUACUUCUCCCCACUGUAUGGACAGCACGUUGCGUCCUUGAUGCCCGUGUUGCUUCACCCGAAGAGCAUGGGUGAGAUCCUUCUGAGAAGCAGCAACCCAGAGGAGCCUCCACUCAUCCAACCGAACUACCUGACCCACCCCCGUGAUGUGGAGACUCUAUACCAUGGAAUUGAGUUGGUGAAAAAGUUGUUGAGAACAAAACCCAUGCAGGAAUUUGGGGCAAGGUUAAAUGAUAAGCCACUGCCAGGUUGCGAGUCCUUUCCAUUUGAUUCUAAAAAAUAUUGGGAGUGCUACAUUCGCCACCUCACGCUGACUUCUUACCACCCUGCUGGAACUUGCAAGAUGGGCCCCAAAUCUGAUUUUGGCGCUGUUGUGAAUUCCAACCUCAUGGUACAUAAUACACAUCGGCUGUUUGUGGUUGAUGCGUCAGUGAUGCCGAGUCUUCCGAGCGCAAACAUCAAUGCUGCAGUGAUGAUGAUUGCAGAGAAGGGAGCUGAAAUGGUGCAGAUGCACUGGAAUAUGUUGCAUGGAAAAAGUACCAGGCGCUCUCUUGGAUGGAAAUCAGUCGUGGAGGAAUACCAGGCCAGUAGAAUGUGCUUAUCUUAGGUGGAGUGACAUGCUGUGCCUUGUAUUCAGUGGGUAUUAUCUUCCAUAAGCUUGUGGGAUCCAUCUACCUCAGUUCUGAUAGUAGCACAGUAAAAAUCUCUUAUUUAAAUUUCUGGGGGAAACGUGUUGAU